CAGGCUCCUAUAAUUCUGUGUUGGCAUAUUAGCUAUCAUUUUGAGGGAGAUCCCCUUGUUGUUCGAUUGUUCUGGGAUUUUUGGGAUAUUGCGAUAAGUCUAAAAUAGGUUUGCCACUAGUGUAUACAUUCGUUAAUGCAUGUGGACAACAACUAGAAACUAAACAAAAUGUCCAUAUUGAAUGUAAAAUGUCCCUCAUGCUCGGAAAUACUUUUGAACGAGGACGAUAUUUACAGCACUAGCUGUGGUCAUGUUUUCCAUUUCCACUGUUUGCCCGAACAAGACAGUGAAACUGCCUGUCCAAAAUGCUAUACAUACGGUGUAACCACACAAAAGCUGUAUUUAAGUUUUGAUAAAGAAUGCACUGAAUUUGUCAGAGAGCUGAAAAGAACUUUGGAUGUGGCCGAGCGUGAAAAUCAUGAUCUUAAAAUGCGCUUCAAUGAUAAGAACAUGACGUUGAUCACCAACCGCUUUGAAUCGAACAAGGAAAAUGUGCAACUAAAGAAACUUGUCACAGAACUCAAGAUAAAAAUUGCUAGCCUCGAAAGUGCUCAGCAAAAAUUACGCCAACAAGUGUUUGCCUUAAAUCAAGAGGUAGCCAGUCACCAGGCAAUGGAGAAUUCUGUAAAUGAUAUGGCCACAGAAAACGAUAAACUGAAACAGGAGUUGGAAAGGAUAAAUACAGAACUGGCAAUAGAACUUUCUAAAAAUCAAGAACUUAUGGCCGACAAAGAUACUCUACGGAGCACAAUAAAAGGCAUAUCUGAAGAAUUUCAGAGGAAUGUCGCCAUUAAUACCCAACUUGAAACAGAGAAUAUGCGCUUGAAAAGUCAUGUCGAAUCUUCUAUGGCCUAUGAAUCAUCUAAUAGCUCAUCGGGAGCAAGAGCAAAUCAUGAAGCAGCCAAUACAAACCAAAAUAACAUGGAAAACCCAGACAAUUCUAUGCCCAUAGAGUAUAAACAUCAUUCGGAACAGACAGCCCAAAGAACAAUCACUCAAAGUAAUGUUCCAGUAGGACUUGAUGUAACCGACAGAGAACAAAGUCAAGCAUUUAAGGCCACAGGAAAAACAAAUGAUGCUUAUGAGGCUACAUCAAAAGGCAUUAUAAUUCAAAAUUUUCCCACUGAUAAACUUCGGUAUCCUUUGGAAGAGAACAUAAUUUAUUUAGCUAAAAACAUGGAUAUGUUCCUAGAAAAAAAAUUUAUAGAUAGUGUGAAUAUUCUGAACAGUUCAAAUUAUGGGAAAACUUCCCUACGGGUUAAAUUUAAAGCAGAAUAUAUUCAUGACACGUUUUUAGAAAAUCGAGAACUUCUCAAAUCGGGCAAACAUUCUAAAUAUAUAAAAUCGCUGAAAAUAAAACAAGCUUGGGGAUAAACUUCACUUGCCCUGCACUUAAAGUUUUCUUUAUAUAGAGCACAGAAAACAAUAAUAAACUCUGAAAAAUAUCAAAACCUAAAUCCCUAGUGCAUUUGUUCAGCUAGAGCAACAAGUGAUACGGACGUACAACAUUCCUUCUACUGAAGUGCCAAAUACAGAAAUAUAUAUUUUUUAUAUGUACAUAAGUAUAUAGCUGCCUUUGUAAAAAGUUUUAAUCAACAAUAAAAUGAGCUGAUGAUUAAUGCAA